GCGGUGGAGCGCAGCAUGGCAAAGAAGGUGGCCAUCAUCGGCGGGGGCAGCAGCGGGCUGUGCGCCAUCAAAGCCUGCCUCCAGGAGGGGUUGGAGCCCGUCUGCUUCGAGAGGACUGGCGACAUCGGAGGCCUCUGGAGGUUUGAGGAGUGCCCCGAGGACGGCCGUGCCAGCAUCUACCGCUCCGUCAUCAUCAACACCUCCAAGGAGAUGAUGUGCUUCAGCGACUUCCCCAUCCCCGAGGACUUCCCCAACUACAUGCACAACUCCAAGAUCAUGGAGUACUUCCGCAUGUACGCCCAGCACUUCGACCUGCUGCGCCACAUCCGCUUCAGGACCAGCGUGUGCCGCGUGUCCAAGCGCCCCGACUUUGCCAGCAGCGGGCAGUGGGAGGUGGUGACGGAGAGUGAGGGCAAGCAGGAGGCAGCCGUCUUCGACGCCGUGCUGGUGUGCAGUGGGCACCACACCGACGCACAUCUCCCGCUCAGCUCCUUCCCAGGAAUUGAGAAGUUCAAGGGCCGCUACCUCCACAGCCGAGACUACAAGGAUGCUCAGGCUUUCACAAACAAAAGGGUUGUUGUCAUCGGGAUCGGGAAUUCGGGAUCAGAUCUGGCUGUGGAGAUCAGCCAAACAGCCCAGCAGGUCUUCCUCAGCACCCGCCGUGGUGCGUGGAUCCUCAACCGUGUUGGAGAUCAGGGUUACCCGAUUGACACCAUCUUAACCACUCGCUUGAAGAGAUUCCUGCAGGAGCUGCUCAGCUUAUCCAUGGCAUGUGACUACAUGGAGAAAAAGCUGAAUGCCAGGUUCGACCACUCACGUUAUGGCCUGAAGCCAAAGCACAGGGUCUUUCACCAGCACCCGACCAUCAACGAUGACCUGCCCAACCGCAUUAUUUCAGGCAGGGUGCGGGUGAAGCCAAACAUCCAGGAGUUCACGGAGACGUCUGCCAUCUUUGAGGAUGGCACCAGGGAAGAUGUCGAUGCCGUGGUUUUUGCCACAGGAUACAGCUUCUCCUUCCCAUUCCUCGAGGGCUGCGUGAAGGUGGUGGAGAACCAGAUUUCCCUCUACAAAUAUGUGUUUCCCCCUGACCUGGAGAAGCCGACGCUGGCUUUCAUUGGCCUCAUCCAGCCCCUGGGUGCUAUCAUGCCCAUCUCAGAGCUCCAGUGUCGCUGGGCCACCCGUGUCUUCAAAGGGCUGAAUGAGCUGCCCCCACGGCAUGACAUGGAGGCUGACAUUGAGCAGAAGAAAGAAGCGAUGGCAAAGCGGUACGUGAAGAGCCAGCGGCACACCAUCCAGGUGGAUUACAUCCCUUACAUGGACGAACUCGCCUGCCAGCUGGGGGUCAAGCCCAGCCUGCUCACGCUGUUCCUCACGGACCCCAGGCUGGCGGCAGAGGUGGCCUUCGGUCCCUGCACACCGUAUCAGUACCGGCUGCGGGGCCCGGGCGCGUGGGCCGGUGCCAGGGCCGCCAUCCUCACCCAGCGGCAGCGCAUCCUCAAACCCCUGCAGACACGACAUGUGGAAGAGAGCACCUCAGCCCCUGUCAUUCCCCUAAUCUUCAAGCUGGUUGGGGUGAUGGCCAUCCUGGCAGCUGCUUUUGCUUAUUUGUAGGUGCCCUGCAAGCACAGGAAGGGAGGCUUUACAGUGUGCUGUGGGACUUGGUGUGCACCCCAGUGGUGGCAGAAACCUUCCUCUUGCCUGGCAUGGCCCAGCUGUGACCACAUGAUGAGCUAGGGAUGCACAGAACCUCCACAGCUGCCAAAAUAAUGCUUAGGCUCCUACUCUGCACCUCCCCUUCGGGAGUGCUGUUAUGUACAGAGGAGGAAACACGGUCACUGCAGGCUAAAUUCCAGUCCCUCUCAGCCAGCGCUCCAGGCUUUU